AUGAGGCGUUUCACAUCACAUACAUUAGGACCACCGGCCUGUCGUCAUAGUAGAAAGAAACAAAUAGGCAAGCACUUGACCACAGAUCACCUGAUGGUAAGCAAUGCAAUGGUCUUAGAUGGAGCGUGCUUGCCUAGAAGGAACCGAUUCACUCUUGACUUGAAGAGUCCCAGGUUGUAUUUGUCCGGAAACAGCGAGUCCGUACUUCCCAGGUUGUAUGAUAGUGGAAAGGGGACGACGGAAUUAAGUCAUGUAAUUCCGAUGCACACUCGCCGAAAUGUAACCGAUAGAAGACCGAUAGACCAGUCACUUUGCGGCGAUGCUCAAGACUUUGUAAUCUCUUUUCUAAAGAGCGUCGCUUCCAAUGAGCCUCUUGGCGCGCCUAUCGAUGGUCUCCAACGCUUCAAGCUGCUACCCGAUGCCGCCUGCAUGACACAAGCCAGAAAUCCGCAUCGAGGAGUGGAGCAACCGCUUCGAUCUAACCUCACUAGCGGCGACACCGAACAUCGUGGCGGAACACGGCUAGGGCGCUUGGCGUCACGGCUUUAUUCGGUCUGUGUGUCUGUAGUGAAUGGGUUAGAUGAAUUUUGUAUGUCUGGUAUUGAUGUUAAUGAAAACGAAUCUAUUGAUGCAACGAGGAUAAAAAGGGAAGGAGUCCCGGAAAACAGGGACUUGACAGUUCUACUCGUUAACGACCACAAGAGAAACGACAACUCGAGGACUGGGAGGUACCAUAGCGUUAAACCACUAAUUGGUCUUCUCACGUCCACGACUCGGACAUUUAUCCAAGACGGUGUGACCACGGAGUUUGCCACCCAAAUUCUCGGCACCACACUAGAUAACGGCCGGAUCUACGCUCAGCUUCUAACUAAAUCAUCUUUAGUACUUUAUAAUAAACCGUCAAAUGUAGAUGAUCCUGUUAUUGUAAAACCAACACGAAUACAUUCAGAUUUCGAUGGACAAUGGAACGUCAAGCAAGAUUUGGGCUUCAUAGAUACAGACAAAUUUAUUCUUAAAAAUACUGAUUAUUUAGCACCGAGCAGCAAGAUGGACAUUGUGUACGCCAGUAAACCAGAGCCAGAAAAUGUAAAAUAUUGGAGUCCACCAUCAUCGCCUGAGCAUAUUGAAAAUCAAAUAUUAAAUGAACCUACCGCACGUAGAGUGCAAACUGUAAAAGAAAUUCCACGAUACGUUCAUAAUGAAGCACUAAACUUUCUUGACGGUCCAAUUAUAGAUAGCGAUAAGAAAUUAGACUUUGUGGUUAAGCCAUCUAUUUUAGAAACUGUUAAUACGUUACAUAGACAAAAUAAAGCAUAUGAGCCAGUCACUGAACCUAUCAAAGUAGAGCCCAAUCCUAUUAAAGAAGAUACAAUAGAUGACUCGAAUAUUGUCAAAGUGAAACCCGAUUAUGAUUUACCGACUUUUACUAUUAAAAAUGAGUUUUCUCCUAUUUUUUAUUACAUUGAUAACGUUGAGUCGAAGAAUUCACAGCUGCAACAUGCUCAACAAACGAAACUUCCUAAAAAACUAUUUGGUCAAAAAAGUGAACCACGACCAAAGAAAACUUUUACCUAUUCCGGCUUUGCAGAUUUCACAACGGUUGUUGGCGACACUGUAAUUAUCUUUUCUCCCAAUACGGAAGUUAGUAGACCACAAGAUCCCAAUGAGGUAAACGUAUUUCCUUCAGCUAGGCCAGUUGAUAAAUUGAACUCUAAAAUCACUUUUCUUGCUGCUGACAUUCCGGUUGCAUCUUCAACUUAUAAAGCCCAUGAUAUAAAUUCUGCUUCUAGUAUUACUACACCAGGUUUUGAGCAAAAUUCCGAGUCACCUAUAUUUACUGAUGACGAAAGCUUACAAAAGGUAAAAUAUGACGUCAGUAAUAUUCCAGAUAGCAUAAAUAUUCAUCAUAAUAACGGUUUCAAUCUAAAUUUAGAUGUUAUUCAGCCAUCUGAAACUAUGAUACCUGUUACAGAGAGUACACAGCUUACUGAGGAUUUGGAUGUCAUACCUCUGAAAGAUUCUAGUUCUCAAGCGACUGAACCACUCACUCUUUUAAAUCCAUCUUCCACCAUUAUUGAAACUUCUACUGAGUCUGUUGUUACUGAAGCUAAUACAAGUGAAUUAUUUACCAAUUCUGAAGAAGAAUCAGAAAAUACUGCUGCAGAGGUUACAGAGAAACCCGAAGAGGAGGAGGAAGAAGAAGAAGAAGAAGAUGAUGAAGGAGAAAAUACUACUGAAACUGAGCAAGAUAUGAUUACUACUACUGAAAGUGGUCAUAGCGAGGAAUCAUCAGAAGAAUUGGAAGCAACGACUGAGACAAAACAUGAUACUUACGAGGACGUUAUUUGCACUGAUGGCUUAGAAACAAUGUCAACCAUGACCACCGAAUACAAAACAUUGACUUAUUUAACCACUUAUUUUAUACCUUUAGAAAGCACAGAAACUACUACAUCAGUUAAGUCAGAUGUUGUUGUUGAAAGUAAUGUAGGGUAUCUUACAAAUGUCGUUUGUAGAAGCAAUCUAAAUAUUGAACCUACUGCAGUCAUAUCUUUAAAUGCUCAGUCAUCAAUAGUUACUAAUUUAGAAAUUCCGGAAAUUAUUUCACAUGAACCUGCGAGUGAAACACCAACUGGAACGGAAAAAGUUACAGAAAAAAAUUCAAUAUCCACAGAAGUAAUGGAAGAUGAGGUACACUCUACUCAAUUACAAGAAGAAAUUAAACUAACAACGAUUAAAGAAAGUAACAUCAGUUUGUCUGAUAAUACGUCUGAAGAUGAAAAUGAGCCAACGACUGUUACUUCAUCAGUAAUAACUUCAGAGCAUAUUUCCACCAGUCAAAGUCAUGAAGAAGUUGAUUUUAAUACAGAACGUUCAACUACAACGACCGAAGAGCCCAUUUCGGAAGAAGAAGAUAUUCCAGUGAGUGAAAAUGAAAUUGAUCUUAUCUACAAAACACUUUACACCACUUACACUUACUUUACGACCUUUUUCGGUGAUCAAACAUCUAGCGUAGCCAGUCACAAAUCGGUGAUCACAAAUAUAAUUACAUCUACUAUAGAUCUUUCAAAAUUGGACCCAACUUUAUUAGGUGCAUUCAAUGAAGAUGAAAUAGCUCCAACAAGUGUUGGUAUUGGACGUCCGACAGAAACAUUUGCAAUUAAUAGCAUAAUUGAUUUAGUUAAAAAUAAAGAUGUAAUAGAGUCAGUCGAAAGUGCCGAUAUAUAUACUUCACAAACACCUACACCAUACUUAGGUGAUGAUGUUAUAACUAGCAUUAAGCCAGAUGCCGUAAAGACUUAUUUUACAACUUACACUUUCUUCACAACUAUUUACGUGGGCAGUGAUGCUAAUGUUUGCAGCAGAAGUGAAGUUUACACUAACUAUGUUGGUCCCGAAGAACUCAUACCUACAAAAAGCAAUCCAUUAGCUACAGAAAAUACACGAGCACAGUUUGAUUUUAGAAAUUGCAAACAAGUAAAAAUGGAAGCUCCAGUUAACAUAGAAGAAAAUUCUUCUGUAGAAAGUAGCGUUAGUAUGGAACAGUAUGAUGAUGAAUCAACUGUAGAAAAGAAAGAUAUAACUCCACAACCCAGCCCACUUGAAGUUGAUAUGUUAUUUAGUAUUGAAUCAAAUCCUUUGGAGUCUGAAAACACUUAUGUAACCGAUGUUAAAUCAUCUUCCUCUAGAGGUGAGAGGAAAUUACUUGACAAUAACAAUAUUUUGGAAGAUCAAAUUAGUUCAGAGAGUAACAUUGAAGAAAUAAUGCCAUCUCCUACUCUUUUAUUACAGACUAGUUAUACAACAUUUACUUAUUUUACUACCAUGUAUAUAGGAAAAGAUUCCAGUAAAAUAAAAAGUCGUUUGGAAACAAUAACAAAUGUGGUAACAGAAACAAUCAUGCCUAAAAAAGAGCCAGAAGAAGAAAAUAAUUUACCUAUAACUUAUUAUACCACAUUCACCUACUGGACAACUCUUUACAAAGAUAAAUCAACUACUAUAACCAGUAGAGAAGAAAUUGUCUCUAAUGUUGUAUACCCAACCGUUCAGUUACUACCAACCGUGAGCCCAAUCGAUACAACUCCAAUCGACAUUGAUAGUGUGUUACCGCCAAAGGAAUUAGAAGUUGAAUUAAAACCAUCUUUAGUAGACGAUAGUUUAGAACAAGACGAUGGCAAAGCCACUUUCUACACCACUUAUACUUACUUUACAACUUUCUACGCUGGAAAUACAUCUGAAAUCAGAAGUAGUUUAGAAACUGUUACUAAUAUUGUUGACAAUACUAAGGUAGUUGAAGAUAACCAAUUAGGACGCAAAGUACCAUCUGGAUCGGCAGAUAAAAAUCUCAUCCAAGAUAACGUUGAGAAACCAAAAAUAAUUCCGACAGUGGUCAAGGAAGAAAUUAAGCCUACUGCGUUACCUGAUACGAGUUCUAUACCACCGACUGUUCUUUUAGGUACUUAUAUCGACAAUCUUUUUGCUGAAGUAAAACCUAAUGAUAGUACUCCAACACCUGAUUCUAAUCCAAAAGUAAUAUAUUCACAAGUAGCCGUUAUUUCUGGAGAUUCAACGGUCGUCACAAGUGAUAAUAAGACUUUAAAUACUGAAUCAACUACUCCUGGUACUACGACAACCUCUGGACCGUCUACAAGUACAGAAGAAACUAUCAUUAAUGCUAGUCCUGAUGUAAUAGAAAGUUCUGUUGCCGAUUCCGAAACUACGACAGAAACAAGACCAGAAAUCGAAGAAGAAGAUAUUUCAAACACAAGAAAAAAGAGCAGACUUUCAUUCACACCAAAGAAACCAACAUUUACUCCAGUAAUAAUACCAUUUGCUUCAAGAAACAGACCUACGUUUAAUCCUAAAAGGCAACCUUUGCCAAGUAGUGCAACCACAAUAACACGCUUAGAUGCCCCUCCUACGAUUACAGCUACUCCAACAUUGAAGUCUGUUAGACCGUCCGGGUUUGGAGCCAAUCGGAAGCAAUCAGCAUCGCCUGGAUUGUCAAGUCAAGGUCGUAGAUUUUCAGGUCGAAGCUCUUCCUCUUUAUUGUCAUCUAAUAUACCUUCUCCAUCUAGAGCUGGUGGGUUCCCAAGAGGAAGUAUUCAGCCUACAUCAAGAAGGACAGGAUUUAGAUCAAGCUCAAUAAGGAGUAAUAGUUUGGACUAUGCAAGCAGAUCAGCAAUACCUAAGAUUCGGCCAAGUGCCUCAUCUAGAUUGAGUAACAACAGAGUAUCGUCAUCAUUUAUUCCUGGAUUCAGACCAAAUCAAAAUGAUGCUGAAACAUUAGCCACACAACAAGAGGAAAGCGCAACUGAGCCUUUAGAGGAAGUGACUGAAUCUGCAGUAAAAACCACUAAUAAUCCAUUGUUAAGAUUUAGAAGACCUCCAUUAGUUAGGCAACCAGGGACUGCUAUUAUACCACGUUCUACCACACCUCCUUCUAGAAGAAUAGCAACUACUCGUGGCCGAUUGACUACAACUACAAGACGAACGACAACAAGAGCAACUUCUAACCCUCUACUGGCACUACGCAGACAAAGACCAAAUGCUUUAUUCCCUCGAAGAAAUCUCUUUAGACAACCUGAGCCAGAACCAGAAGAGGAAAUUAAAGAAAAUGAACAAAAUGUUGACGAAAGCGAAGAAUUGCUUGAAGAGGAGGAAGACUUUGAAGAAGACAAUGACUACGAUUCUUCUGAUAGAAAAGAACGACAAGUUGAAACUCCAUCUACGGAAACUCCGAAAAGAAAUAUAGUUUCGAUUAGGCCAUUUUCGUUUAAAAGACGUACAAAACGUCAAGUUGAUUAUGGGAAUAGGAAAUAUACUAAUUUUCGUAGACCUGGUUCAAAAGCAGUAACACGUCGUCCAGAACCCGAUCCAGAAACGGAACCACCGGCGCCUUCCACACAAAAAAAUAGACCUGGUAGGUAUAAGGGCCGUACUGUAAGUAAUACGAGAACAACUACAGCAUCAGCACCGAAAUCAUCAGCUAGGCAACCAUUCAUAAUUCGAGGAGAGAGUAGAACUACUACAACGAGUCCCGCAUACAGAAAAGCUAAGUCUUCACGGGCAUCGUCAAGGGCUACUACGUUGUCUUCUAGACCUAAAGCACCAAGGCUUACUGUUAGUAGAAGUGGUACAGAUAGACCAAGGUCUAGUAGUUCACGUACUACCAGCAGGUCACGUACACGUACUACUACAGGAAGAGCAUCAAGCAGACAGAGAAAUUCUUUUGAAAAUACCAGUGGUGAAAGAUAUAAUCUAAAUUAUCUAGCCAACGAUGGUAAGAUCACUGUUACACACCAAAUACCUACUGAAGUAACAAUACCUGUUGUGAAUGGGAAGAUGACAGAGUAUAAAAAUGUGUUGUCUGCCACUCCAAGUCUGGAAACCUUGUUAAGAAAUCAAAUUUCAACAACACUAGGUCCUCUUGGAAAUCAACAGCUAGUGCUAGCUCAUGAAGCCACAGAUGUGGCUGACAACGGUGCUACUAAGAUUAUAAGAUACAUUUUACAUGAAACUCCUACUACUACUGUCAUAUUUACCCCAACAACUAUUAGAGGGCGGAAGACAUCUUAUUCACAUAUAAUACCCAGUACUGUUUAUAAUGUUGAAGCUGUUACGCAGACUGUUGCUCCUGAGAUUGGUGCAAAUGUUCCGUUGGCUAAUUUACUAUUAUCUCAGUUACUUCUUGGUAACCAACAGCCCGCAAUAAAUCCUCUUCUUGCUCUUCAAGGACAGGCUUUAUUACCACAGCAGGCGGUAGCCCAAACACCCAUUACAGAAUACAAGACUAGAUCUACUUCUUAUGUUACCACUAUAACUGAUGCUAGGGAAACUGUUUUAUCUAUUACUUUUAAAGGUAAAGCUAUUUUAACAACUAUCGUUGAUCCUACAACUAGUGUAGUUACUGCAACUGAAUUUAUAACAGAUACAAUAGUCACAACUCCAACGGCAUUGGCACAAGCUCCACAAAUCAACUCUUUACUGUUACCUUUACUUCUUCAACAGCAACAACAACAGCAACAGGCUCUAUCCUUACAAACAGCUAAUCCAUUGUUAGGUUUAGGGCAGUCGGACUUAGGUCUACUUCCGAAUAAUAACUUAAACGUCCUGAGCAAUAACGAUAUUUACAGUAAUAGUCCAAAACCAAACAUUUUGUCUGAUUUUAAUAGUAAUGAAGAUUUUUCAGAAGAAUCUGAGGAUAGUGGAGAGGAUUUGCCCCCACCUCCGCCUCCACCAUCUCGCUCUAGGAAUAGACCGCGAACUCAGAAACCUGCUCCGACACCGAAAAUGACUAGCAUUGUAACUUUAUAUGUAUCAGGUAGACAUCCUGGCGAAUUUAGUACAGUAUUAUCUACCGUCGUAACUGAAGAUACACAGGUUGUAAGGAAACGUGAAGCUAUUUACUUUGAAGAUGUCAAAGUAUUACCUUCUCUCCUUCCUUCCGUUGACGUAUUGCCUAGUUCAGAAGCGAACACUAUUGACGAUACGAUCAUUUAUGGUACGGAAAAAUAUUUAGAGCCAACGAAUGAAAGUCAAGCAGAACUUGACUCGACUGAUAAUGAUGACAAUUACCUGGACACCUCAAGAAUCCUGAAGAAUCCUUGGAUGGUUCCAAACCUAUCUCCGCUCUUCCAACCACCUUCAAGGCCUGGCCGAGACGUAAUUGUGGAACGUCCUGGUUCUGAAGAAGAUGAGAGAAGACUGAAGAAUUUGGCAACGAAAAUAAUGUCCAACGGUGUAGAAGUCUUGGUAAAAGACAAAAAUUCCGAUGGGAAACCGGAGCAGCGUAAACUUAAACUCAUGCACAUAACAUCACCAACGCACUAUCACGUCAGCUCAUCUUUGCCUCCUAAACAAUCACUGAUAUCUUCGGCCGUGGCGACAAUAUUUAAUCAUCAACAGAUAAGCGCCAUGUUUCCGAUGCAUCAACUUAUGCAACAUAAUUACAUCAUCAAGACUUGUAUGACGACAUACACGUAUUUGACCACCGUGGUUCAAAAUAAAAGGAGUGCUAUCUCUACAUUUGAGACCAUAGUAUCAGUGGUUACUACUGAAUCGCUCACGAAUCUUUAUGCUUCAGAUGUUUUAGCAGAUAUAAAGCCAACAAAAACAAAAUACAUGGAGGUGAAGACUAUUCAACCGACUGCACCAAUAAGUGGGUUUGCGAGCAACUUACCUAAAAUUGAGAAAAGAAUAGACAACCAAGAUGGUAACAAUUUUGAUUUGAUACAACCGUCUGAAGUUGGUCAUUUUCCGUGUACAACUUCGUGUUCCUGCAGUCAUACAAAAACGGAAGGAUUGAAGACCAAGUAUACAAAUGUGGAUACUUCGAUUUCUUUAAAAUAUGGGUACAAAACAUCAAAAUACGGAGCGACCAAAUUUGACUUAAGACCAACUAAUAAAGAAUCACUUGAAAAGAAAACACAAUAUGGACCUUACGAAUAUGAAACGAGCUUAUACGUAGCGCCCACUGACAAAAUUGUUGAAAAAUAUACUGAAGUUAUGAACGAUUACUCCGAUGAAAAAGAUAGUAGUUCCGUUGAAGAAAGCGAAUUAUUAACAAAUGAACAGGCACCUUCUCCACCAAAAAAUAAACUCCCUACUAAUAAAAUACCCGAUAAAAACAAACCAGAAAAACCACAAAAACCAAACAAAAACAAAUUUGUUGUCGCCGAUUUGUUGAAACUUGGAAGCUUGGGUAUAAAAGGUUUAUCACAGUUAGCACCUGUAUUUGAAAAGAUGACUGGUGGUUUCAUAAAACGACAAGAUACGCUUAAUAAAACAACAACGACUACUACUUUGAAACCGGCUGUAAGACUAACGGCUUACAACGUGAAUAAAAGACUUGAUACCGAUUUAGAAAUGAAACCAAAUAAUUUCCCUAUAUAUAUACCUGUGGAUGAAUUGGAAACGUCUGAAUCACAAAUAGCUUUCACUAAUGCCACAUUGCAUCAAAACCUAGCUUGGGCAGCAGAACAUAAGCAACCGAAAGCACAUAUAGUUCCACCUAAAAUAAUUCAUGAAAGUCCACUGGUCAAUGGAGGAAUACCAAUUAGCCCUGGUGAGAUAAUUACAGCUAAUUCAGAUGUGAUUGUUGGAAAGCCAGCAGUAGGCGGACCAUUGACCUUAGCCGCUAGUGGAAUCAAGUUGCAAAAUCCACCUAGCCCAUCUAUUAUUGAUAGCUUUGCCGCUGGUAAUGAAGAGUAUUUAAUACAAGAAAAACCACCAGUUAGUGAACAAGCCCUAUUGGCUACCAAAAUCGAUGACUCGUUUGAUCUUAGACCACCAGAAAUUCCUCGUAUAAAAUCAAAACCAAAUAGAGUUCAGAAUUCAAGACCAAAUAUAAAUUCCCAUUUAAAUCUAAACUAUUUACCUCCAAAUAUACAUCGUGUUCCUGCUGUUGUGAAAGUUCCAAAUGACAAUUUAAUGAAAAUCGAACAUAUGAAAAAUACACAUACGAUACUGGGAAAUCAUGGUCGACCUGCAUUUCUAGAUUAUAUUCCUUCAUUAGCUAAACCAACACCAUCAGCAAUAAAACACCAUGUCGAUUUUCGACCUUUGAAUGACAUCACAACAGAAGAAAAAAUUCUAGACAAUAACCCAAGUUCUUCUGAAGUAGUGAAUACGAGAGUAAAAACAGGUAGUGAGCAUGCAAUGACAGGUAACAAUGAUUCUAGCAAACCAUUUCUAGUAGACAUUCAACCAUCAAAAGUAGCUAAUGUAUUGAUUCCUCAUGGUAGCACUACGGCUUUAGUGUUCGCAGGAUCAUCUGAGCCCCAUAAAACUGGUGACUAUGUUGACGAUCCCCUACCGUAUCCAGAACCAGGAUAUUUUGGAAGUUUUAGCAUUGAUGCUCCACAAAUGACUAACGUACAUAAUGUCGUGCCGAACAACAAUAAACAAUUUAAUUUAAAGCCUAAUAAUAACCCUUUACCACAAGAAGCUUAUAAACCUUCACCACCAUUAUAUAAAGAUCAACCUUUUAAGAACGAUUUAAAAAUGAAAUGGAAGGAUUCAAAACUCCCGUAUGAUUUUAAAAUACCCUCACCUAUUAGCAAUCAGGAAACACAUGUUCAGGUGGGACCUCAUAUAACUGUGUACAAUCCAGACAUAUAUCAUUUAAAUAAUAAUGAUCAGUUCGAAAAAAAUAAGCCAAUGAGAGGUGAUAAACUAAAAAAUAGUAAAGAUGUUAUUGAUAAAGAAUAUGAAAAUUAUUUAGCAGUACCACCACCUCCACCACCAAUAACGCAUUUCAACACGGAUACUGUCUAUGAUAAUAAUAAGAAUAAACCUCAUAUACAAAGACCGAUUAUUCAAAACAAACCUAUACAAGAUAUGAAAGUAUUUCUUAAUAUUCAACAUCCUCGUCCAAAUACACCAAAACAUGAACAAGCACCACCAAAAGUUACUUCUGAAAUUUAUUUCGCAGCGCAAGCACCUAACAGUAAACCAACUCCAACAUAUACAAUUCACAUUCCUCCCGCGCACCAAAAUAAUUUACAUGGUAAUAAUCACUAUACUCAAAAUAAUGCACCAAAUAGAGUGCAAACUGAAGACACGAAUCAAAAUCACAUCCACGGCCCAGUCCCGACUUAUUCUUCAACCACAGUUAAUAAAACAGUGCAAACAAAUGAAAUAAACCAUAAGGAAAACACAUAUUCAGUUACCUUAAAUACUGCUACAAAUGUUGCUAAUAAUAUAGGAGAGUCGGGUCAAGUAGUUGGAUCAAGUAUUACAGUGCCUAUUGGAAUAGCACAAAAUAAUGGACAAAUUAAUACGGAUAUUCCUAUUAGCACAAAUUUUGCGAUAAGGGUAGAAGAUGAUUCAGUACCAUUUGAAUCUUAUCAUCAGCAAAAUCAUGAUACUGUAUAUGAAAAACCAGAUACUAGUCAUACUAAUAUCAAUGUUGGCGAUAAUAGAUGGAACAAGAGUACAAGUGAUAAAACAGAUAUAAAUUACCCUAGUUUAGUAAAAGAGAGUAGUUUUACUAAGCAAACUAAUAAAGAGGAGAAGAAUAUCAUAUUAUCAUCCCAAAAUAGUCACGCUAAUUUUCCUAUGAUUAACGAUUAUGGUUCAAUAGGAAAUUCCAAUAAUGAUGAUAUCAAGCCAGUUACAGAAUAUUCACAAGAAGUGACAGUAAAUAGUCAGCAGAGGCCUGCCAAAGUUAUUCCAAAUAUACCCACAAAUUCUCAUGGGUGGUAUUCUAGUGUUUUGGCAAAUGAUAAUACUUUAAGUCACAUUAACAAUAUUAGAGUAGACGCAACUACACGAAAAGCUAUACCAUUGUUACAAGACUACAACAAAGAUGGAAUUCCCAAAUUUGGUCAAAAAAUUUCCAGUAUAGGAAAACCUCCAGGAUUUUGGCCUCAGAAUCCAAUCACCAAGCCAGAACUUGUUAACUUUAGCAUUGGAAAGCCAUUCAGUAAACCAGAAACAGAAAAAACAAGCAUAAGUACCGCAAUACAUGCCAAUAACGCUAACUAUGUACCUUAUAAUUUUAACUUAGGAUCUAUAAAACAACCAGCUUACGAUAUACCUAUAAGAGAUAAUAGUGAGGAAACUACUACAGCUAAGUUUAUAAAAAUCACAACCGAAAGAAUGAAACAAGUUUAUGAAAAUUCCGAAGAGAUUUAUGACGGAGAAGAGGAACUUGAAAGUGAUGGUGAAUUGGAUGGUGAAGUAAGUCAAGAAUCCAUGAAAAUACCAGUUGUUAGCUCAUCAAGUGAAGCAGACAAUCUUUCUAAAUCUACGACUGAGUUAACAUUAUUGCAGGAAGAAGUAAUGGAAACAUCUAAUCAAACUACAAAAGAUGGAUAUUAUGAUAACAAGGACAAGUCCGUGCAACUUGUAGAUUUUAACCCAGGAACACAAACUGAAAAGCCGUUUAAGCCUUUAAAUAAAUCGAAUGCUUACCAAUCAAAUGCAAUAAAACCGAUAUAUGCCGAAAGUCCAUAUACAAAACCAAGGCCAUUUACGAUUAAUACAGCAAUAACGUUGGAUCACCAACUGCAACAGCCUCAUUGGCAAAUAAAUCAAUUAAUGGAAAAUUCAACAAAUAUGUCCUAUGAAGAGAAUUUGGAACUCAACAUUGGUGAAGAAAUCAAUACAGAAUCUUCAACAACAAAACAAACCCCAACAACAAAACGACUAACUUCAACAAAUCGGCCUCCAUCUACGCAAAGGAUUCCACCUUUCCGAUACUCUCAACCCGACACAAAAUAUAAACGCCCAGCGAGACCUAUUUUCGCCCACCCCAAAAAUAUAUCUUUACCUAAUGAAUCAAAUAUUAUUACAUCUACUGUUCACAUACAAGAUAAAAAACCAUUAAUAGUAGAAAAAGUUUCAGAAAAAUCUACCAUAUCUCCGUACAAUCUAGAUUUAAAUAGAUCGUCCAGUGAAAUAAUUGAUUUAUCUCCUCCUCCGCCUACAAUGGAUUAUAAUUUUAAACCUUCAACAAAUGAUGAAAUUAUAAUGGGAAUGAGCCCACCUCCACCAAGAACACCUCCAGCAAUAAGACCAGUAACGAGAUCACCAGUUACGUCUCGGCCUGUUCAACCAGCGAGAACACCACCACCAUACAGAACCAAACCACCAAGGACAAUGCUUCCAAAAGUACCAAGUACUCAAAGACCCCUGAGAAAACCUACUACAUACAGACCGGCAUUUGAUUUUACUUUUAACUUUCUUUCUACUCAGUUGCUGCCUCCUCCAAAAGAAAUGCCAACACAAGUCAUUGUGAAUGAAAUGCCUAGUCCAACAAUCAGUGCCCCAAGUAUUCCAAAUGUUGUUUUCCCAUCUCCAGUUUCCUCGGGAUGGUUAACGUCAUCUGGUGUCGAAUUUUCAUCUAGUUUUAAUUUCGGUCCGUCAUCUAUACAAUUUCCUGAAGUUGUAGAGUCAGCUAAAGUAUCCGAAACAAUUCAGACACCACUUCCAGAGAGCUCUUUUUCAUCUGAAAUGGAGACAUCCUCCGAAUAUAUUGAAGUAACAAGUUCUGAAAAACCUAUAACUGAAGAAAAAAUAUCUUUAACUUCCAAGGAAGUAAGUACCGAGCCUACUACUAAAACGUCUAUUUCAAGUGAAAAUAUAAGUGAUUCUAUUGUUGAUGAAUCCAGCGAGGAAAAAGUGACUACUGAUAAAAUGAAAGUUAUUCCCAUAAACAAUAAAAAUAGAACUCGUAAACCAUAUCCUGUUCGUAAUGAAGACAAGAAAACAUCUAACAGUAAAUCAAAAUGGCCUUCUAUAGCAACACCUAUAAUAAAGCCAACGAGGACACAUUAUCGGCCAGAUUUAACAUAUCCAACAAGACACGUAUCUACUAGAAAAAUUAUAAGACCUAUACCAACACGUGCUUCUCUAGAUACUAUUUCUCAAGUUACAUCUUCAAGUAUUUUAGAAAGCUCUGAAACAUUUAUUGACGAAACCAUAUUAAAACCUACAGACAUUCUUCACGACUCUAUGUUACCAUCGAUUUCUAGGUUAGACAUAUCAAGCUUUGUAGAAAAAACAAGUUCGAACACAAUCACACCAAGCUUAGAUGAAGUACUUUCGAAUGUUAAGCCAACACAUCAUGCUGGUAAUGAAAUUAAAAUAACAGACGAAGUUUUACCUACAAAAACUGAAUUUAAAACGACGGUCGUCACAUUGACAAAAACUCUAUCCGAGCCACCUAAAAUCAUUUCAAGUAUAAAUUAUGUCAAUCUAACACAUACUUUGACUGUUACUCACACUAAAACUAGUCUUGUUAGUCAAUCAGAGGGUGCUGUAACACAAACAUUAGUUUUAACAAAUACUCACACGUCUACUGUAGUAGAUAUAGUAACAGAAGUUCAUACGCAAGUACAUCCGACAACGAUAAUAGAAACAGUGACGAAACAUAUUCCUGUACCGCAAGUUGAAUCUACUAGCGUCAAAGAAGUACCGCUUCAUACAAAAUUACCUCUAGAUGAUAUUUCUAUGUCCUAUGAAGACACCGACAACUUAAUAUCAAAAGAUAAGGAAACUACAGAGAACGUGCAAAAGAUAGACGCUGAAAGUGAAAGUGAUAAUGAUACAUUCUUCGUUGUUAUGAAUAAGUCUCAGAAUGGUGGCCAAGCACCUCCAAUCAGCACUGACAUUGAAACUGGAGAUUACGAUGGGGUUACAAGAAAUGAACAAGUGAAUAGUAAUGGUGUAUCUCAAGUACUAUUUGGAGAAAUACUUCUUGCUGGAACACCUUUCUUAGAGACCACUAACGUUGUCAAUACUGCAGGUAUCUCUUACACUAAAGAAUGUCAGCCCGACUGCAAAGCAUCCCGUAAUGAACGUUGUCACAGAAUAGACGGUAUCAUGAAGUGUGUAUGUAGACCAGGAUUUGCCAGAAUGUUCCCAGAUAGACCUUGUAAACCAACAUAUACAUACUCCGUGAAAUUAGCUCUUGGGUCCCAAGGGAAUGAACGUCUUCAAUUCCAUGAGAGUCUUUCCGAUAACUCUAGCAAGCAAUACCAUGCUUUAGCACUCGCUACACAUGAGGGCAUUAAUAGAAUGGUGAUGCAGUCAGAUUUGAGAGACGUGUACCAUGGUGUUCAUAUUACUGGCUUCCAUCCAGUGCCUAUUAAGAAACAAGAUGGCGAUAUGUACCAGGGGGUGUUGAAUGAUUUUUAUGUACAGCUUUCUGAUAAUGCUCACGAAAGCCGUCUUAAGGAAGUAAUAGAGAAGUACUUAAGAAACAACAACUAUAGCCUCGGUGGUACUGAUGUCCAUGCAGCUGCAGACCUCGUUGAUAAAUUGGAUGUCAGCGAUUUUGAUGAGUGUACUAGUAGUCAUUUCCAUGACUGCUCCGAGCAUGCGCAGUGCUUCAAUUUGAGAGGGACAUACACUUGCAGCUGCUUAGAAGGCUAUGCUGACCUAAGCGUCAACACUUUGUACCCUGGACGGAUUUGCUCAGGUGAAUAUCGGUGCAUACCCGUGACGAUACCUUAACCUUGUUACUAUUUAAAUGGCACUGCUUUUUGUUUAUUUUAAUUUUAUAUUAUUAUAAAGGUGCUUGUAUCAAAAUUUCAGCGGAGCCUGUUGGCUGUGAGAGGUGUAACUACCACGGAGCCUGUUACUCGCGAGAUGAUAGCCGCGUACUCUGCGAGUGCUUCCAGUGGUACGCCGGCAGUUCUUGUCAGAUUAAUCUUAAAGGUAUCAAUUAUUAUUUUAAGUUUAUAACAUAUAAAAAAUAGAAUGAGUUACAUAUUUUUAAUGAAAAGUGCUUAAAAAUCCACCAGCCCCCGGGUACCCCGAGAUGGGAGUCGACCCAACAACCUUUCUCAAUCCACAAGUGCAAUAACUAUUAAGCUACUCGAGACCCAACAGGACUGAUAUAUUUUUCAAGCACUUGUUACUUUCGCUACUAGUGAGCGUAUUUUCAAAUGUUCAUCAAUAUUUAGGUAAUCAACCCAAAUAGCGAAAAGAAAUAUAUGACGACGGGUAGUCAGGAGCUAUUAUGAAGCCCAAAUAGAUCGUCUAUAUCAGAGGACUAUUUUUAAAAUAAC